GCUCCUGGCCUGGUGCAACAGAGAGAAGGUUCCCAGGGUUCAGCUGCGAUGAGAAGCAUCGUGACAUAGGUGAGUUUUCCAGACAUGAGGAGCACCAAGAAAAGCCUCUGGCUCUUGAAGGAGAAAUGCCCCCACAGAUUGCUCUGCAAGAAGACCUGCCAGCUCAGCUCUCAUCUUGGCAGACAGGCUGAUGGAGAAGGACUCAUUCAGGUCAUCCUGCCACUGGUCCUUACUUCCCAGUGUUUUCCUGGGCUACCUCACCCAACAUGAAGACCAGAGGCCUUCAGUGGUCUUUCUCAAAUCCUAUUGCUUUGUGGUUCAGCCAUCUCCAGCUGUGUUUGUGUGAGGCUCUGCUAGCUCCUGAUCCCAGGUCUAACCUCCUGCUCCAAGCAGGGCUAACUUAGGCUGCACAAGGCCUUUCCCAGCUGAUCUGAAAACCUCUGAGGAUGCAGAUUGCAGAAAUUCUCCAGAUAACAUAGGGUAAUAUCUAGGAGGCUGAGCUUGGACCCCUGAAUGGCCCCACUGCCUUGCUUUGGUAAUGAUAUAAAUAAAUGAUAUUGUUGCAAUUUCAAGGCCAGUUCUGAAGAACUGUUUAGCCCUAAUCCCAAAUCGAAGAAUAGUUCCAGCUUUCUCUCAAAGCUAAGUACAUUUGGGGCCUAGGAGUUUGCAUUUGGCCCAUUGUAAAGGGAGCCACAGAGCUGAAGCCAAGGAGACUUGCCUAACCAGGGCUAUAAAUUCUUGCUAUUUGCAGGGACAAUUGACCCAGGAACAUGAGGUUGCAACUUCGUGAUUUUACAUUAAGCUCUUAAGGCACCGUUCCAGCCGUUUUCCUGGCGCUUGCUUUGUGGCAAAACUACAGCUGCUGUGACUGCAUGGGAACCAAUCCAGCUGAAAAAUACCCUGCCCGAGGAAAAAAUCCUUUCAUUUUGCUCACCGUGAUGGGCUGAGGAAGAGAGAGACGCGUGGGAUGGUGGGAUUGCCUCUGUCAGUACCAGUCUCUGCUUAGGGAGGUGGCGAAGCUGCUGCUUUGUGGUGGUAGAACUGGUGAUCCCGUGCACCCUGCACACACAGUUCCUUCGGAGGGGUAUGUGGGGCAGAACAAGAAGGAUUCCUAAAGUCAUGGGUCAGGCUGAUUUCUAAGAGCUGUAAAAGAGAGAGCACAUGCUUUUAUGGCUCCAAACCACUUCUGCUCAUGUGGAAAGGAUUAAAGAUUAAAAACAACCCUGCUAUUCACUUUGCUCCAGAGCUGUUUCGAUCCUGUCUGUCUGCUGCUCCAGAGAAGCUCUGACAGGAGCUAUUAUCUGCGAUCCAAAACUGUGGCUCAUAUCCCCAGGGUAGCUUAUAGGAUCCACCUUCUCUUGCCAGAGAAUGAGGCAUCGCUGGGUACAGGUCAUAGUGGUUUGUAAAUGUUUGCUGCCAGCCUGGCUGUUUUCUUGCAGGACCCUCCAGUUUGCAUCCCUGCUCCAAGUGUGGAGCUGUGGGGCUCAGAGAAGCACUGAUGCCGCACGUGGGGCUUCUUGUAGCUGUGUAGCUGCAAUCAUGGACAGUGCAAACUCAUGCAAGGACAGCCUUGUUACUUGGAAACGCUAGAAAGUUUCCACAUCCUGUUCCUAUCCCAUUGACUGCACCUGAGUGAAUGCCCACUGUUCUCUCCACCAGGAUGUCAGCAGAUCCUGUAGUUUGUUUUCCACUGAAAUGUCUCUUCUUGGGUGUGAAUGCUGUCAUUGCUGAAUGACACCUGCUCCCCAUGGGUCCCUUUGGUUUGCAGGAAAACCCAUUUUUCCCCACAGCUCAGAUGCAGACAGAUGUCUCCUGAGGUCGGGGCCUUAGGGUUUGUGAAACGUUGGCUCUGCUCAGCUGGUGCCAGAGGAGCAGCUUGGGGAGCUCGCUGCUUUCCCAUCGCUUUUCCCCCUGCCAGCAGCAGCAUGUCCAAAGUAAAUCACGAUGUUUUGGAGCAGCUUUGGUUCAGGCUCAGGCUGGCAGCUUCUGUCUCACUGGGAAACAUCUUGAUACAGCAGCUAACGUUCAAAUUAUGGGAGCGCAGCAGGACACCAUCCAGGCAUGGAGGAGAGCCUGCAAGUGCUUGCUGUGCUGCACGCUCUCCAGUGGCCUGCCACGUGUUGCGCAGACUGAAGUUUGCUGAUCCCAAGGCUGUACCCUGCAGUGAAAGCCAGCUGGUGCCUGUCCUUCAGAUCCAGCCCCUCUGGUCAGUACCCCCUUUGCAAGCUUCCCAAAUAAAAUUUAAUGGAGCUUGUUAAAGCUGCUCAGAACGGUGGUGGCUGUGGGAAAGGCUCUUGUAAGAAUGCUUACAUUUCUGUUAUCCUCAUAUUUAGUUUCCUGUAGACUUUUCAGUGCGUACUGAGCCUGAGCUAUGGCUAAGCCAUUCUCCAGGGCUAGUUGAAGUCUCUUGUUUAUUUUCUUGAUGCUUUUCCUAGCAUCUUGUAAAUCAUCUUCUGUCUUUGGCAGUGGUAAAGUGUGAAGCAAGCAGUUUCACCUCUGCAAUAUAUCCAUGUUUUGUUGCAGCAGGAGGAACAGAGCCCAGUUCUUAACUGAAGGUCUCAAGUUGUUUGGGAUCAGCCCAGUGAGAACUGCAGCAGUUUGACUGAUCUACCUUCCAUGCCCCGUAUGCUGUGUUAGAUCUGGAACUUUGCGCAUUGUGGGUCACAGUGCAUUCUCUUUCCAGAGGUGAAUCCUGCAGCUCCCACAGUGUACAGUUGCUCACCGUGGCCCCUUGGAGCAGCCCAUGUGGCUCCUCUGCAGGCACAUGGCCUUGAAGCCGGCCAGAGAAGCUCCUGGCACAUCUUCUUCUUGAAGGUGGGGAUGAGGGAGGAGGAGGCUGCAGUAAUUGAGCUGACAAAACUUUUUGUCUACUGUCUCAGCGGGCUCCAGAGAGGGCUGAGAAGUGCCAAGUUCUCUGCCUGGCCCUGUCCCAUGCGGUGGCCGCCUUCCAACACGGCUCAGGAGCCUCUGCUUGAGGAACUGCCACACUCCCUGUGACAUUGGAACAGCUCAGGUGUCCUGAAGACAAGGCUUUGUCGUCAUCUCUUUGCUAUAUAUCCUUCACCAGACAACCUAAAUGCAAUUUUUGAACGUCAGUUUGUUCAGUAUCAUACAGUGCCAAGGCUAUUAUCCUCAGGGAACAGAUGGAAAAAUGGAGAGAAAGGAGAUGAGGCCACUUCCUGGAGUCCCGAGCACAAGGAUCCUGCACAAACACACCCAGCUCUGCGUAUUCCUUCCAGGAGAGGGCAGGGGAAUACAGCUUAUUGCAGAUCUGCUCCUGAACCACAGCCAGCAUUACUCAUGGCCCAGAUCUUCCUGUAUGUCCUCCAGUCUAUUUUGGUUAUUUGAACGCAGUAGAGCCCCCUCAGAAAUGGGAAGUCGUCUGUAACACAAUACUGCACAACCGACAGAAGAUGGGAAAACCUGAGGCAGGAAAAAUGAGCCUUGGGACAGCCACAGAUGGGAAGGUAAUGUGUGGGCAGAGCCAAACAGCGCUGAGCACAGAGCCGAUGAGCCUUUUGCUCCUUCUCCCACCUUUAUCGGUUCUGUGCAUUACAGCUUGGGAUCAACAUCAGCCUGCAGUUUCUUUUUGACUUGAUAAUGCUGUGCUAUUAUUAUCUCCAGGAAAAUGUUAAAAGGCUCCAGUGCUGAGCUGUGUUUGCCUUUCCUGAUUGGAUCUUUAGCACACAGCCAUGAGACAAAGGACAAUGAAAAGUCCCUUAACCUCACCUCGGCCCUGUGUUUGGCGGGCACAGGAAUGCCACAGAGGCUGUCUGAGCAGGAAAACCAGUCUGACUGAAAUUCCCUCCCGAAAGGUGGCAAAAAGAACAUGGAAAAUCCCCAGGCAGGAUCAAGGGCCAGAGGUGUGAACAGGUUUUAAAAGGACUCCCAGUGAAGAGAUGAACAGGGAAGGAACUGUCUUAACAAUGCACAAAAAGCGUGAGAUGGGGAGAAGACAACUGCAUCUUACAGCAUGGAGCAGGGGUGAGUUUUGCUGCAGUACCAAAUGAAGCCAUCGAGCAGAAGAAAGCUGAUCCAAAGCCAUCGGUGACAGCAGCACGGAUCUCUCUAACCCUAACCUGACAGCCUGCCCCAGGCCAGCAGUCAUUGCACCGGGAGUUGGCAGUCAGAAGUGACCAGAAGUCAUUGCAUUGAUGUAGAUACGUGCAUUUCUUCUGCCGUUAAGCAAAACCUCACAGUGAAUCUGACACCAAGAGCAAAGCUCAGCUGUGUGCCAGUUGCUUUCACUGUCACAGGGCUUCAAGGAAUUGAUCAGAAAAUCAGUUCACAGCUUUAGAGGUGCACAGCACUGUCACUGUCGCAUAUAAAUCUCCACUUUGGUUUAAGCCCAGAAGUGCAUCUAUGGACCCCAGAACCACGGCUGUGGGUUGAGGCCUCACAACAACCUCAGUGUGAUCAUCCUGGGAAAGAAAACUCCUCGGAUAAAAUCUCAGCUCAGAGAAGAUGCUGUAGAGGAUGAAGCUGUGGACAUCCUUCACAAAGGAUGACACCAGACCUGGGCUCCAAGCAACACCGACUUUUGCACUUUUUCUCAUUAUUUUCUGUUGCACAGCAGUGGGUUUGCCCAAGAGUGAAAUUUUUUAUGCUGAAAUUAAACCUCAGAACUCGUGCUGUCGUAUAUUGGGCUGUUUGUUUUCAGCGUGUCCUCUCUCUGUGCCUAGAAUUUAUGCCUGGGCAGAAAAAGCAGACUUUGGAUGUUUGUCCACGGUGUCCUGCUGCCCAGUAGCCUGGUCAGGGCAGGAACGUCUGCAAGACUGCUGAACACCCAGAGGUCCCGUAGGCACCGCAGAUGGACAAGGACUUCCCUGGGGUUUCCCAGCACAACUGAUCCCACGCGUGUGGCAGAGGGCACCUGGACACGUGCAAGAAUGUUGGUGCAUCCAGAACUUGUCACAUAGUGCACAAGCAAGCUCAGGUCAGAGGCUCAUCCUGGAUGCUGGGGACUCAUUUUCCCUGGCACUGCGUGUUGCCUACAUGCAUAUAUAUUUUUUUUUCCCUGGGGAAAUCUUGUAGAAAUACAGAAUCCCUAGUUACAUGUGUGCUUAUUUCCAUUGCAUUUUGCUUCCCAAUGAUUGCUAUUACCUAGCAUUAAAUGGAUCUGAUGCUCCGCAGGGUUUGCAGUGUGGCUGAAGUUACUCAUCCCAUGAAGCAAAGGAAAGGCGGAUGGACAUCUCAUCUCAACAGCUGCACACAUCUGGGUCUUCCAGAGCCUUCUGCACACUUCAGCCUUUGUGUAAUAGCAGAAUACAGCCAGCCCUGCAUGGUGCUGGUAGGGAAACUGAAAGGAUUUGGCCUCGUGAAGUGAAAGCAGCUCAAAAAGGCUCUCACCUGAACCUUCGCUGCGUGGUAUAUGCUGCUGGGAUACCUGUAGGAGCUCGCCCAGGAAUGGUGGAUCACCUGGUGCCUACUGAUGAAUCCUUUGCAUCUACAAGGUCUUCUCUGGGAUACUUUAGGGACAUGACAGCAGGGGUGAGGUCCUACCAAAUGCUGCCCUCUCCUCUGUCAGAAGAUGACAGCGACUCGUCCAGCUUUUGUUCUUGUUCCAGCCCGGAAUCCCAGGUUCUCAGCUCCAGCUAUGGAAGCACAUCCAGUGCGGAGAGUCAGGACAGCAUCUUAGACUACUUGCUGUCCCAGGCAUCUUUGGGGAACACCGCUGCGUCAUGGUGGGACAAAAGGAGACUUCAGCCCAUAGUGAAAGAGGAGUAUUUUAGGUUGCCUGAAUUCGCUGUGGAUAUGGAAGAUUCUGGACCAUUUCAGCCCACGCUUGAGGAAAUUGAGGAAUUUCUGGAAGAAAACAUGGAGCUGGAGCUCAAAGAAAGACCUAAAAGUGAGACCAAGGACUUGAGAGCUUGCAGCCAAGUUUCUGUUGCUUCGCUACAGCAAAAAGACCAUAUGUUACCCAAUGCUACUUUAAAAGAGAGUAAAAAUGAACAGUUGAGCAGCUCGACGGAAGGUGGCCAAGCUUCAAAUGGAGGAGUGUCCCUGGAGAAUGGCAUACCGGUUAUGCUCCAAAUUCAGCCUGUACAGAUCAAACAGGAGUCCAGCACGAGCCCUAGUUCCCAAGGACCAGCACAGGAGAACAUUAAAAUUGCACAGCUCCUAGUCAACAUCCAAGGACAGACAUUUGCCCUUGUGCCCCAGAUAGUUCAGUCAUCCAAUUUGAACUUGCCCUCUAAAUUUGUCCGCAUUGCUCCUGUCCCCAUCGCUGCCAAGCCGAUUGGGCCAGGAGGCAUGAUCCAGGGUCAGACGGGAAUCAUCAUGGGUCAGAAAUUUCAAAAGAACCCUGCAGCAGAACUCAUUAAAAUGCACAAAUGUUCUUUCCCUGGUUGUACCAAGAUGUACACGAAAAGCAGCCAUUUGAAAGCCCACCUGAGGAGGCAUACGGGAGAAAAGCCGUUUGCUUGCACGUGGCCAGGUUGCGGAUGGAGGUUCUCCAGGUCGGAUGAGCUGUCUCGGCACCGGCGCUCCCACUCGGGGGUGAAACCCUAUCAGUGUCCCGUCUGCGAGAAGAAAUUUGCCCGAAGCGACCACUUGUCCAAACACGUCAAGGUGCAUCGGUUCCCGCGAAGCAGCCGCUCUGUGCGCUCCGUGAACUGACUGCUCCCACCUCCCCUCCCGCAGCCGUCCCACAGCAGCCGAUGACAGCACUUUGCUCACUAUAUUUCUAGUGAUAAUUUAUUUGUCUUCACAGAACAGUCAAUGCUGUUACUUGAUACCACCGUGUCCGAGUAUCCCGUGUCCUUUAAAGAUGAUUUGAGAAUGAAGUUAUUUUGGGGUCAGGGGAGGGGGAUGUUUCUUCCUUUUUUUUUUUUUUUUCCCCUUUUUUUUAAGGAUGCUUUUUUCCCUUUCUUUCUAUCUUUCCCUCCUUUGCUGCUGCUUCUUUUGGAAAUUACAGUGUUUUAUUUUUAGCUGUUUUCUGCUGCACAGGAAAAUGUAAGAGUUGCUUGCUGCUAGUUAAUUAUAGCCCUGGCAUUCCUGAGGGCUUUGCUCAUGUACAGGCCAUUCAUUGUGAGUUUUUAUUAAGCUGCUCUAUUUGUCCAGUUUGGAAACAGCAAAUUCCUUUUGAAAUGAAAACAACUCCUUUGUUUUUGGGUUGCCUGAGCCAAGGAUUUGUAGGGGCCGGCCAUAGGAGGAGGAACAGUGGGAGUCAGGGAGAGGGGGAGGCGAGGCAUGCGGGUGCUGGAACGUGCCUCCGCACCACUCUCAUUUCUCCAGCUCGCUUUUACCUUUUCCUUGGUUAGGGCUAUACAUAAAUAUUUAUGUAUAUAUAUUCAUACAUGCAUAUAUAUAUAUAUAUAUAUAUAUUUAAGCUAUGAUGUACCCCAAACAAACCCAAAGCUCAGGCUGGAUGGAAUGGCUUGGCGCAGAGGCCUUUUGGUGUGACUCACUGCAUCCCAUGCGCAUGCUUUUCCUGUCCUGUGCUACCAUUGAGGGUGAAAGGAUGCCCACGAGUCGAAGGAAACUCUGCUUUCCUUUGCCUUGAAGCAUCCACCACCUUUAGCAGAAAAGCUGUUGUCUAAUAUGUAAGGCAACAGGAGGCUGCUUGCAAACGACUGUGCUCUGCACCUGGCGAGCACUGAGCACUCACUGCCCGCUCAGCUUGAUGCCUCGCUGGCUGGAGGUGAGGCUCCAUUUCCCCAUCUGUCCAUCUGUCUGGGUGUCCCGGUUCCCAGCAGUGGGUGCCAACCUGGUGAGACAGUACCAGGAGAUCUUCUGUCCCAGGGUGAGCUUCAGCGCUGAACUUUUCCUUACCAACAGCCAUGUCAGAGCUCCACGCAGCUGGGGUGGGCGAAUGGGUGAGAACAGCCAAAAGAAAUCAAUUUGUGUGGUAGCUGGCUAAGAAGGGAAUUUAAGCAAAUGAUCAGAUGGUAGCAGGCAAGUGAUUGUGUUUCUUCUUGUUUCAUUUUUCCUCUUGAACUCUGGCGAUUGUAAGAAGCUGUAGAAGAAAAUAGAAUUCAGUAAUUAGGAGCGAUUUUAUAAUGGAUGUUGCAUUUCCUUUCCAUUCGCAGACAGCAUCUGUUUGUCUUUUUGUUGGCAAAAUGGGAAAUAGAAAGCUGCAAUCAUAGCGCCAGGCAGAGCAGCAGCCCGCGCUGUGCAGGAACAGCAGGUCUAGCAAAGGCGAAUGCAUUCCUUUUGUCCUCUAGAAAUUAAUAUAAAUGAACUAUCAUCUAUUGACUGGUUUAUAUCACAUCCUAUGAAUGUAUGUAAAUAAAACUGUACAUAGAUGCAUAUCUAUAUAAAAUAUCUUUUAAUAACAUAUCAAAAUUUGUGUAAAUUGGAAACAAAAAUACCUAUAAAGCCAGUGUACAUAAGUUACAAUUCUGUAUAUUUUCUUUUGUUCUUCAUAAAAAAAUACUUUGACAAUAAAAAUGAAAAUGGAAAUUUUAAA